AUGCGAUUGAUCUCACCGAUAGUCGCCGCUGUUACGACUAUAUUGGUGGCAGGCGUGUAUGCUCAUGAUGAGCCAGGUCCCCAGUCACUCCCGAACUUAUUUUCCGUCAAUUCGAUCAACGAUAUCACCAAAAGUGGUUGGAGACUGACAGGUGAUAUUCGCUAUGAUCAGGGUCGACUCCUAGUACAGAAUGGGGCUAUUUGGAAAGAAAAAGAGCUUGCAAACACUGACAAUGAAUGGGUUAUGGAACUCACCUUCAGAACUCUGGGAAUUUCGUCCGAUUCUGCUAACACUGCCACUACAAAUGGAUUGGCGUUGUGGCUUACUUCGAAACGUGAAACUGACACUUCGAACUAUGGCGGUCCCGCCAAAUUUGACGGUUUUCAGUUCUUAUUGAAUUCUGGUGCUGACAUUCGUGGUUUGGCUAUAUUCAAUGGCGACGGUCAAACACCCAUUGAACCUGGUUCCGCGAACGCUCUUGGUGAAUGUCGAUUCAACUACUUGGACUCGCUGGUUCCUUUCACACUUAGAAUAUCCUACACGAAAGCAACAAAUAUCUUCAAGGUGCAGAUUGACAAUAACUUAUGUUUCCGCACAGACAAAAUCAUUAUACCGCAUGGACAGAAAUUGCAUUUGGGGAUUUCGGCACUGCUGGGAUCAAGUGAGGAGUAUGAGAUUUUCAAGUUAAAUGUUUGGGACCACUUGACACAAGACGCCAUCGAUGAUCAUGGUUUGAUCGAGGAUGGAAAGCUUAAACUUCAGUUUAAGACCAUUGUAGCUUCUCAAAACGCCAAAUCUCCGCAAGAGUCAGUCUUGGAAAGACAAAGACAAUUUAUUGAGCAGCAACAAGAACAGAAACACCAAGAUUCAUUGGUUCAACCUCAAUUAAAAGAGAUUCUCUCACACGUACUGAGCCUUGAAAACCGAAUCGACAGCUUGGUCCAACAGCUUGCAAGUGGUAGCGGAGGACUGGGCACCGAUGGACUGGCUAUAACUUUACAGUUCAAUGAGUUUCGCCAAGAGAUCGUCAAAUACGAAAGCGAGAUGCUCAGAGCAUUUAAAGAGCUCAAUGAUAGACUUGUGGGUGAGGUUAGGGAGCAUCAGCAUACAGUUGAUACUUUGACCAAGCAGAUGGAUUUGCUUAUGAGUCAUCAUGAAGAGUUGGCAAACUUACAACCUCCCCAGGUCCUCGGUGAUUCGCAACUGGAAUCAGCGAUAGUACUGACAAUAUUCCGGUGGGUGUUAUUACCUGUAAUUAUCUUGUUGGCUUUAAUUUUAGUGGUGAUGUUCAGAUUGAGACGUGAUAUCAAGCAUCUGAAGCUUUUGUGA